UCAUCAAAAUCUAUAGUCAAAAUCACAAUUUUUGCGUCAUUCAUUCAUGUUUUUGCGGUUAUUUCUAUAAAGUUAUUUGAUUGUGCGCUUGGUUAUCUAUAAUUUAUUAUUUUAUAUAACUAUGUACCUCAAAUAACAUAAUUUAUUGAAGUAAAUAAAUAUUUGGUUUGCUUCCAACGACAAAAUUAACUUUCAACAUGAUUGCGAAUCACAAAAAUGAUCACAAAGUAUUUUAGUAAUUACCACAAAGUUCAAAAUGAAAUUACCGUUCAGUAUUAUUUUAGGCCAGGUUCUAAAACCGCAUUUUACAAGCACAAAGUUGUUUUGCAAAAGUCCAACAUUUUCUAUUAGUAUACCAUACACCUAUGUCUAUAGUACUCUUGGUUUGUUCGUCAAUAUACACCAUAUAAGGAAACAUUUGGGUGAAAUACCAACUAACGCAGGGGGAGAUAGCGAAAGUGUGAAUAACUUGAACCGAAACGCAAUGCUCGUGCAUGAUUUGAAGAUAAUUGCAACUUCUUUGGGCUUGAUUCAAUACACUUGCCUUUUGGUCGGAUGCCUUACACUAAAUUCAGCAAAAGUCGAGAUUACCGAUGGUUUUCGCGUAAAACUCCGUGCACUGUUGGUCGGUCUGUUAGGAGUGUCGAUGUCGGCUUGCGCAUUCGCCUCGCAACCCGUAGAACUAGAGCUUGACGAUGAAGAGGUUACGCAAAGGCUGAAUAAUGUUAGCUUUGCUAGACGGUUAACGAAACCAACCAUACGCCUUCUGAUGGGGUACAGCAAAUUGAGCGCUUUUGUGACGGGUGCUACUUCUCUCCUUCUCCUCAUAGCCGUCAUGUCUAAGCAAUCUUGGUGGCAUCGCGGCGCUCGCUGGCUCGCAGCGCCGGCGUUGCUUGUGGCAGCUCUUGAGACGGCCUCGGAUGCAAGUGACGCGUUAUUAGCAGCGGUGUUACGCGGCCCGGCGAAACCGGCGGUAGUAGCUGCUCAGACUAUUGCAGCUUGCUUCCUAAUCACCGUUGAAAUUCUUGUCUGGUAUUUCAUAGCAAAAUUCUUUGAAUACAAUCCACCACUACUACCUACUGAUUCGAAGAGGGGCAGUUUAAUUAAAAAUCCAAAUUCGACAUCCUCUCAAUGAUUUACCAUUUUAUAAUAAUUAUUCAUUGUUUUCGGAGCUCUAGGUAUAUUGAGCCUUUUAUCAUACAAGAUUAAACUGGUAACUGAAUUA